UGACGAGGAGGAGGAGCUCAUGCUGCGUAAUAAUAUGUAACGACAUAGCCUAAAUCUAUGAUCAAAUGCUAUAUUUACUGCCAAAAAUGGCUUUUGAUAAAGCAAUUCUCGCCUAAAGACACUGCAAAAUAAGCAAGCGUGUGGGGUAUGAUUGUAUUUGACAGAGAUGGAGUUGUCACAGAGAGAUAGACUGUCAGAGCUUGUGGAGGAGCUGACUACAUCAGGACAGGGUGAGCUAAACCAGGACAAGAUGAAGGAAAUCAAGAAGCUCUGCAAGGUCUCUAAUGACUGCAUAAACCACGUCUACCAUUCAGUCAUGUCCCAGCUGAACCAAGAUCACUCAGAAAUACGGUUUUCUGCUUUUCAAAUAGCCAGUGAACUUUUCAAUAGAUCACAUCACUUUAGGACGUUAUUGGUGGAUAGUUUCCAGGAAUUUUUAGAGUUGACUGUAGAGACGGACCUUGAUCAGCCCUUGCCACCUCCAAAAGAAGUAGCAAAGAAGUUAAAGCAUUUGGCCAUCAAGACAGUCCAGUCCUGGCAGGCAUCUUACGGCUCAGCUUACAAAAAACUGGCACUUGGAUAUCAUUUUCUCAAGCAGGUUAAAAAGGUGGAUUUUCAGGAUGCUGAGACCAGGACUGUGGCUGAAAGAACAAGGGAGGAAGAAAGAAGAAGUCGACUAGAGCGCAUUUAUAAGGAAAAAGCAGAUGCAGCUACCAAAGACAUGGAAGACUCUUAUGAAGAAAUUGAAGCAACCCUGAUUGAGAUGGAGUCCUGCAUGAAGCUGCUGUUUCCUGAGUUUGAGCUCACAAAUGUAAAAGAGGACAUGGCUAGAAGUUACUCUCCAAACUGCCACCUAGUUGACGUAAAUGACCAACAGCCUUGUUGUACUAAAGACUUAAUUAAUGGACCAAGUGAUGAGAAAUUAUUAGAAAAACAAGCAACAAAUGAAGAACAUAAUGGGAAAAUAGGAACAGAACUGCAGAAGCCAGAUAACACAAGCCAAAAUAGAGAUGAUGAUGAUGUUGAUGAGGAUGAAGAAGGUAGCGAGGAAGAGCACCCUCCUAAUGAAGACUUUAUACGCAACUCUGGGCUUAUCUCGCACUCAUACAGUCUGGAUCUGAACUUGAGCUCUGGACUCCAUGUCAAAGAAAAUGAAGAUAAUGAGGCAGUUGUAUCUACAGUUAUAGACCUGCACAGAUUGAUAACAGCAAAACAUCUCCCUGCGGUACAGGGAUGGGUUCAGGUUUUGACCAAAGCAGGAGCUGAGCAGAGGUUGUUGAGGAAAGCACUGGAUCUCAAGAAAUCAUUGGAAGCUGCUCUACAUAAACAUAAAGAGCUACAUAUCGACUACAAGACCAGAGUGCGCAAAGUGAUGAAAGCAUCCUCAGAUGGAGAUGGAGAUAAAGAUGACGAUGAUGAUGAUUUCGAUGAGGUCCCAGAGAAGGAGGGUUACGAGCCACACAUUCCAGAGCACCUCCGGACAGAGUAUGGUUUGGAUCCCUUACCAUCUACCUCUUCAGCACCGGUCACAAAACCAGCUCCUACCAAGCGACCCCCAGCCCCACCACCAUCCACCACCUCCACCUCCUCCAUCUCGUCUUUCUCAAGGAAACUAAAACGACUCAGGGAAGAGGAGCAAGACCCAACUUCUGCUGCUGCUACUAUACGCCUCCUCAAAGACAAAAUCGCCCUCCCAACUGAUUCCAGCUCCUCAGAACCUUCUACUUCUGUGUCCACAUCUUCAAAUAAGAAAGCAAAGGAUGCUCCUGUGGUUCCCUUUGGCUUGGACAUCUUUUACUGGGGUCAGGAUCAACCCUCCGCCGGCAAGAUCAUCAAGUCAGCCUCGCAGCAUCAGUUCUGGGUGCCAGCAGAGAUGGAGGAGGAGGUGGAGAACAAGGACAUGGCAGCAGAGAGCAAGAGCAGGUACAUCUCAUUCCCAGGACGCUUCACUCCAGUCAGCCACUUCUGCAGGGCUCCACUGGGCAACGGAAAACUGUGCCAGAGACAAGACAGGGUCAAGUGCCCGUUCCAUGGUCGGAUCAUUCCACGGGACCAGGACGGAAAACCUUGUAAUGCAGAGGACAGACAGAGGGAAGAGCAGGAGGAGAUGAGGAGGAGACAGGAGCAACCUGACUGGCGAGACCCAGAGCUGAUGAGAGAUAUUGAAGCUGCCACUGGAGAGGACCUAGGCUCAAACAGAGUGGGCAAGAAGGGCAAAGGGAAGAAGAAGAAGUUCCCCAACCUCAGUGACCUCAAGCAGAACGCCAAUACAUCGCGGUCCAGGCUGGAGAAGAAAGUCUUCAACAAGAGCUCCAUGCGCAGAGUGACUGAGGUGAUGAUUAAAGCUGACAGAAGAAAACAUGACAAGUUCUCUAACCAGUUCAACUAUGCUCUCAACUGAUCUCCAGUCAAAACACUCACAGCAAUAAAGUACCAUUUUAAAGCUCUCAAUGAAGAGGGUGGAGUAACACAUCAAUGCACAUUCACUUAUUUUAUAGUCUUGUAACUACGUAUUUAUAUUUGCAAUGUUUUAUUUGUAGUCACAAUUAAUUGAUGUGGAUUGUAAAACAGAAAAUGAAAUAUUGCUUUUGAAUUGUUUUUUUAAAAUACACAAUUAUUUAUAUGUUUAUA